GUUUGGCAUUUUGACAAGAAAAGUGCGUGAAAAAAAACUUUCGUGGUGCGAGACAUUUUUGGAUCGCGAGUGUUUUCCCGAUGAAAUUUUCUCUAAUUUCGAUGCGUUUAUAGACAUUGCGAUCCGUUUUACUGACUUAUCGCGCGCGGAAAUGUUUUAAUCAUCCAAAUACAUCGGCGCGUGUGGAAACGUUCAGUGACGGUGGUAAAAUAAAGUCUAGGUUUGGAUCCGGCACUUUGUGUUUUAAAUUUCAGUAAGCCAAGAAAUUGGGCGGAAGUUUGAAAAUGUCGGAUGAAAACAGUACCGGUGCCAGUGAACUGACAAAAGAAGUCCCGGAGCCAAACGAAUUGGAUUCGUCAGAUACCAAAGGCGAUGACACUGUGCCUAAUGAUCAAGGAGAAGGAACAAGUGAAGAGAAUGUCGAUGAGAAGGCAUUGGAUAAAGAAGAAGUGAAAUCAACACAAGAUCUUCCGGAAGAGCAUUCUGAGGAGGACAAAUUAAUGGAAGUGCCAGGUAACAAUGAUCUUCCUAAAGUUAAAAAUGAAAUGGUAGACGAUUUUUACGACAAAUUGAGCGUCAGUAGUCCUGAACCAGGCGAACUACCCGAUGAUGAUGACGGGAUGCGGAUUCGUUCCAAGGAGAUCAAACCGGAACCACAUAAUGAUAGUGGCACCGAAGAUAAAUGUACAACUCCAGAUAUAGAUGCUUCCUUGAAAAUCAAAACCGAAAGCGACAAAACCGACAAAAUCAAAAGAGAAUCCCAUUCGUUGGAAAACAGCUGGGAGGAAGACUCCAAAAACCCAGAAGCUGUCACAGGAAGCCCCGAAUACUAUUCUGAUAUAUGUGAAGAUGUGCCGUCGCCUCCGAAGACGCCUGAGCCAAAACCGGUGGACAAAUUCGAGCUCGAACCACCAGCCAAAAAGCUGGCGAGUAUUUUCGAGAAAAAAGUGAAGAAAGAAGACGGAGGUAGUUCCGAUGGAAUAUUACAAGAAAAGUUGAAGCAAUAUUUCGGACACAGUGAAUUUAAGAGUACACUGCAGAAGGAAGCAAUUCAAACAAUAAUUACAAGAACACGGGAUGUUUACGUAUCGAUGCCAACGGGUUCAGGAAAAUCAUUAUGUUUUCAACUUCCCGGUGUAAUGCAGGACAACCGAGUCACAAUAGUUUUCUCGCCGCUACUGGCUCUGAUCAAAGAUCAGCUCGAUACGUUGGCUAAGUUGAAAAUUCCAGCGGAUUCAAUCAAUUCCAAAAUGAGCAACAAGGACCGUGAUCGCGUACUCAACGAUCUGAAAAGUAUUCGCACCGACAUACGAUUUCUAUAUAUCACGCCAGAGCAGGCCAACACGUCUACCUUCAAAGAGCUCAUGAAGAUGCUGGUCAAACACAAAAAAGUAGCGUAUGUCGUCGUCGAUGAGGCACAUUGCGUCAGCGAAUGGGGCCACGACUUUCGCCCUGACUAUCUCAAGCUGGGCCACCUACGAUCAGAGUAUCCGUCGAUUCCAUGGAUUGCAUUGACUGCAACCGCUUCCAAGAAGGUUGUCGAAGACAUUUUCAAAAACUUGAGGCUUAAAGAGCCAAUAGCAAAGUUUAAAACUUCUUGCUUCCGGAAGAAUCUCUUCUACGAUGUUGUGUUCAAGAACUCAAUUCAGGAUGAUUACAUCCAUUUGCGGGAUUACAUCGAGAGCAUCUUGGACAAAGACGAUAAGGAUGUCAAACCGAGCAAAAAGGCAUGCGGUAUUAUCUAUUGCCGCACACGUGAAACGACGGAACGGGUAGCUAACAGCCUUACGAAGCUUGGCCUCAAAACUGCGGCUUACCAUGCAGGUUUAAAACAAUCUGAACGCGUUGCCGUACAGGAAGACUGGAUGGACGGUAAAUAUGCCGCUAUUUCAGCCACAAUCAGUUUCGGAAUGGGUGUGGAUAAAGGUUCCGUCCGAUUUGUUAUUCACUGGGACAUUCCACAGAGUGUGGCUUCGUACUAUCAGGAGUCCGGGCGAGCGGGUCGCGAUGGGAAGAAAUCUUUCUGUCGCGUGUAUCACUGUCGAGAUCAGUGCAAAUCGAUCGACUUCCUUCUGCAGCAAGAUCUGCAGAAAACUAAAGGCUCAUCAAAGGAGGAAAAGGCUAAACUGGCUGUGAAGAAUUUUGAAAAAAUCGUCCAAUACUGCGAAUCGGCAAACUGUCGACAUAGACUAUUUUCGGAUUUUUUUGGCGAUGACCCACCCGAUUGCGAAAACAUGUGCGAUGUUUGUAGUAACCCGAAAAAGGUUGAAAAAGCCAUCGAAACGUUCCAAAAAUUAUCGGUUUCUGGAAAACUGAAAACUAUAAUCGGGUACGAUGACGACUGUUCGGAUUUAUAUGAAGGUGGUCGCAAGGGCUUCGAGGAAGCUUAUAUGGCCGAGGAAGGAGAGGGCGAUGAAGGGUUACGUGAGCAACGCGCCAAACGGGAAUCGGAAUUAUUAAUUCAAAAGCAAUUUGCUCUAAGAAAAGCUUCUGCCGCUAAGGAAUUAGAAAUGCACAAAUCCGCAUCCAUCAGUCGGGUUAAAUUCGCACUGCAAACUACAGUUAAGGUCAACGGACUGACGAUUGCUUCCCGCGAAAGCAACUUAACCAUGUUGGCUGAUCUACUUAAAACGAAUGUCGAAGCAUGUAAAGACACUGAUCCACCGGAGCAUGAGCUGGUGUACAAAGACUUUGAAGAUAUUGCAAUGGAGAUGGAAUAUGAAGCAUUUACCACCAACACUGUUGCGAGCCUGUACAGGAGAUCCAUAGUGAAACAUAUAACCGCCAUAAAAGCUACAACUUCGUCCGGCAUGUUACAUCCAGAUCUGAAACACUAUACUCCAAAACCCCGUAAUUCCGUGGGAGGUGAGUUCAAGACCAUCGAAGCUGACCUGAAGCGUAAAUACGGAGACGAAAUUGUCGAUGAACUACGUGAAACCGAGGAACGUCGUUCCAGUGGCCACCGUGGUAGUACAAGCAAUGGUGACCGCCGGCGAGGUGGCGGAAAGUUUAGCAACUCAGGGCGCGAUGGAAUGAAUCAAACUUCGCUCAAUUUUUUCUCUAAGAAGGGCACGGGUGCAACCAGUAACAAUGCUGGAUCAUCAAGUUUGGCAACCCUGGACGAUAAUGAUAUGUGGGAUGAUACAGAAUCGGCUGGACCGAGUACUGUGGUGGAAGCUAAACCGGUGAACGAGAAAGCUGAUCUUAGUGCAUCACGACGGUCACCUUCAAUAGAAAUUGUUUCCAGUGAUUAUUCUCACCGAUCAAGAGAUUCAAAAGAUGAUUGGGACCGCGAAGAGCACAGGCAAAAGAGGAAAACUAGUACCAAAUCAAGAGAUGCAUCUAGCGAUCGUUCGCGAACACCAAGAGAAAAAUCCCGUGAGAAGUCACGGGGGAGAUCUAAAGGAAAAUCUCACCAUCGAUCAAGAGAUAGAUCGAGGUCCCGUGAGCGACACUCAUAUCGUUCGGGAAGAUCACAUUCAAGAGAUUAUGAUGACGAUCGACGACGGCAUAGAAAAUCAAGAAGUAGAACUGAAGAGGAAGAUGAAUACAAAGAUAGGAGAUCCCGCAAAAGAUACGCAAACGAGUACGAAGAAAGACCCCCUACAAAACGACCUCCUUCUCCUAUAGAAGAAUUUUCCUAUGGUAAACCGAAACGCGUAUCUCAUUAUGAUCGACCGUCUCAUAAUGAAUUCAAAUCAUCCUAUGGAAGUGAUCGACCCUCCCCGGUUCCAUACCAAAAUGAUUUCAAAUCAUCUUAUGGAGGAGAGCGACGCUCUCCGAUUCCCCACCAAAAGGAAUUUAAAGCUUCUUAUGGAGUAGAGCGACCCUCCCCACUUCCUCCUCAAAAAGAAUUCAAACCAUCCUUUGGAGGUGGAAAAAAGUUCAAUAGUUAUGAACCAACUUCAGCCACUAGCAAUUCGUUGCUUUCAAAUGAUGACAUGUGGGAUGAUGAUACUCCGUCGAACACAAAAGAAUCGACGUCAAACAAGGUAUCUGAUUAUGCUCCUCCUCCUCCACCACCUCCAACGACAGCGAAAACGCCUCCUCCGCCGCCUCCUGCUAGUGGAGAAUCCAGUUAUUCCUCCGCAUACUCAACCUACAACCAAACAAGCACGCAAUCUGCCUAUCAGCCACCUCCUCCACCUGUAAUAUCUCCUUCUAGAGAAAAGCCAUCUUCCAAGAAAAGCUACGAUUAUUUGUUUGAAGCCCCCGUAGAGAAACCUCCCAGUCAAUAUGAGCAUAAAAAAUCGUCAACCUCAACUUCAAAUAUCACCGCCGCAUCAAUACCCGUAAAAUCCAUAACAGCUGCCCAGUUCAAUACCGCGGCUCAGAUCCAUGCCACUUUGCAGAAACUGAACGCUGCAAUGUCUAACGCGGCUCGAAAUGGCUCUACUUCAUCGUCCUCGCCAUCAACAUCUUCACUGGCGGCCACCCUAGCGGCUAUGAAAAAGACAUCAUCCACCGCUACCACCAGCGCGUCAUCGCUGAAUAACAGCAGCAGCAGUAGUAGCAACGCUAGCACCAGUAACGCCACCAUUGCAUCAUCCUCUAGCUCUUCUACCUCUACCGUAACGGCACCAGCCGUGACUGUCGUUAAGCACACUAAUCCCGAAGCGAGCGGCAAAAUGCAAAACAUACAACUAGAGCAGGAGAAAAUUUCCAAGAAAAACCUAGCUGACGUCGUUAUUCGCUUCCUAAUGCCGUACUACCGUCAACAGAAAAUAAAAUCUAAGGAACUCUUCAAGGGGCUGGCGCGGAAUAUCUCUCACAAGUUUUACGAUGUCGAAGUCGUUGUGGAUCGUAAGGUGAAGAAAUACAUUGACGACCUGAUGACACACAAAGGUGUGAUAGCAAGCGAAGCAGAUUUCCCUAAUUAACACACGACCACCCCCGAGGAGCCGGUUAAGCCACAAAUCCCAUGUAAAUAAGUUUCAUACAGUAACAACCAAGUGAUGCUUUCAUUUCACUCAUAAUGCACGGCAAACAGGUAAGACUAGUGACAACGCCGUGCGUGCUUCAUGGUGCAUCUAGCUCUAGUGUGAAUGAUAAUUAGUAGUUGGAUAUCGUAGCAUCGAAAGAUUUAUGAACCUUAUAUCUUGUAGAACAAGAAGUACGUUUGAUAAAACUCGACACUUACCAUCCGUAAAUCUGUAUAGCGUAGGGAAACAUUUCAAUAUUUAUUGUUGAUGGAUUUAUUUCUUUCUUAAAUAAAUAAAUAUAGUUGUAUCAUUUCGUGGUAGUGUAA